UGUCUUGUUUCUUGCAAUCAACCUCUCUUCUUCCUUCUUCAUUAGCUAUAUCCCCAUUUCUUCCCCUUGCAUGCUGUACCAGCUCCCCCCCCCCCCCCCCCCCCAUGGAUACGAAUCAAGCCCCGCCACCACAAGGCCUAACCCAAGAAGAAUAUAUGGAGCUCAAGCCCUUGAUUGACACAUACCAUAAAUUUGAGCCAGCACCCAACACAUGCACAUCCCUAAUAACCCAGCGCAUUGAUGCACCAGCUCAUGUUGUGUGGCCUUUUGUUCGUAGGUUUGAUAACCCACAGAAAUACAAGCACUUCAUCAAGAGUUGCAACAUGAGUGCUGGCGAUGGUGGUGUAGGCAGCGUGAGAGAGGUAGCGGUUGUUUCUGGCCUACCAGCUUCUACAAGCAUUGAAAGGCUAGAGAUUUUGGAUGAUGAGAAUCAUAUAUUGAGCUUUAGGGUUGUUGGGGGUGAGCAUAGGCUAAAUAAUUAUAAGUCUGUUACAUCAGUCAAUGAGUUCAACAAGGAAGGCAAGGUUUACGCUAUUGUUUUGGAGUCAUAUAUUGUGGACAUACCAGGGGGCAAUACAGGUGAAGAUACAAAGAUGUUCGUGGACACUGUUGUGAAGUUGAAUCUUCAAAAACUGGCAGUGGUAGCAAUUGCAUCUCUGCAUGGACAUGAAUGAUUCUGAUAUUGGCUUUGAUGAUGGUAAGAUUCUCCUAUUUGAAAUAAUCUUAGUGCCCAGUUAAGGAUUUUGCAGGUUGGGUUUUUCCUUUUCCCCUUUCCUUUUAUGCUGUUCUCUUGCUGGUUAGGCAGCUGGUAUUGGUUUGUAUAUUUUAGUUUUACCAGGCGACUUCUGUGUUAUAUUGUUAUCAUUUUCUAUUCAAUAAGUUAACGAAGGUUGACAACAA